AUGGAGGCAUUCAACAAACGCUUUGAUAGUAACGUGGACCUUUUCCAGAAGCUUUCCAAGGUACGAGUACGCACAACAGUUCGUGAGCUCAAUGAGCAAUUUCCUGGCGGUAAGACACAUCCAUCUGUUUGUGUUUCAGACAGACUAAGAUCCAUAGGUCCCCACGAAGGCAUGACACUGAAGGAGCUUAAUGGUAUUGAGGAGAGCCUUCGCAGAAUUGAAAAGAAUAUGGCGAUACUCGGAAGUAAGAAAACACACACAUUUACAGGUAUCUCUCCCCCUAUUGACUUCAAACAGAAUUUGCCAAGGAUGAUCUAGAGAAAGACCAUCCAGGUCUUGCGCUGAGAGUCCGAAAUGCUCUCUUUAAGUUGGCGGCCAUCAAGUCUUGGAUCAAAGAAUAUUCAUCGACUGAUCCGGAGACCCCCGACCAAAAUAAGCGUACUGUCAGACGCCAUCCAUUGAGUUUCGAGAAUAUUCCCUCCCGCUCAUGGAAGGACAGUAGCGGACCAAGAAGCGCAACUGGCCCGCCCCAAUUCCGUUUGGCGCAAAUGACCACAGAGGACACGAUCCCUAACCCAGUGGACAGGACCGGACGAGGAACAUCUGGUGAGAGUCAACCCUGGGCACCGCAAGGCUAUUAUGGUGCCGCAAGUUCGUUUGUUUCGCAGGUACCAUACCGUGCAACCCGCGUCCCCGACGACCCCGCAGCAGCAGAAGACACCCCAACUGCAAAGCCAGCAGGUCUUCACAGAUUACUUCGUAGGGCUUCAAAUGCAAGCAACUCGGCUGCUCUUAAUGCAAUGGCUCGAUCGCUUGGUCUUCGUUCCGAGGGAGAUGUAAGUGCUGAGAUGAUCCUAAAUAGCUGA